AUGCAGCAGAGAGCAGUGCAGCUGACACCUGAUGAUCAUGCAGCCAAGCAUAGCAGGCUCAGCAAUCUUGGAAACUCCUUCUGGAGUCGCUUUAGACAUCUUGGGCACCUUGCAGAUCUUGACCAGGCCAUUGCUAUGCAGCAAAAGGCAGUGCAGCUAACAUCAGAUGAUCAUCCAGACAAGGCUCUCAUACUCACAGAUCUUGGAAACUCCUUCACUAGUCGCUUUACACAUCUUGGUAACCUUGCAGAUGUUAACCAGGCCAUUGCUAUGCAACAAAGAGCAGUGCAGCUGACACCUGAUGAUCAUGCAGCCAAGCCUAGCAUGCUUAGCAAUCUUGGAACCUCCUUCAGUAGUCGCUUUAAUCAUCUUGGUAAUCUUGCAGAUAUUGAACAGGCCAUUGCUGUGCAGCAAAGAGCAGUGCAAUUGACACCAGAUGAUGAUGCAGGCAAGCCUAGCUGGCUCAGCAAUCUUGGAAGCUCCUUCUGCAUGCGCUUUGAACAUCUUGGUGACUUUGCAGAUGUUGAACAGGCCAUUGCUAUGCAGCAAAAAGCAGUGCAGCUAACACCAGAUAAUCACGCAGACAAGCUUGCCAUGCUCACCAAUCUUGGAGCCUCCUUUUUCAGAUGCUAUCAACAUCUUGGGAACCUUGCAGAUGUUGACCAGGUCAUUGUGAUGCAGCAGAAAGUAGUGCAGCUGACACCUGAUGAUCAUGCAGCCAAGCCUGGCAUGCUCAGCAAUCUUGGAAACUUCUUCUGGAGUCGCUUUAAACAUCUUGGUAACCUUGAAGAUGUUGAUCAGGCCAUUGCCAUGCAGCAAAAAGCAGUGCAGCUGACACCAGAUGAUUACGCAGAAAAGUCUCACUGGCUUAACAAUCUUGGAGCCUCCUUGUCCAGUCGCUUUGACUAUCUUGAUAACCUUGUAGAUGUUGAUCAGGCUAUCACUGUGAUGCAACAAGCAGUGCAGCUGACACCUGAUAGUUAUAAAAACAAGCCUAUUUUCCUUAGCAAUCUUGGAACCUUCCUCUUUCGUCGCUAUAAACAUCUUGGUAACCUUGCAGAUAUUGACCAGGCCAUUACUGUGGUGCAACAAGCAGUGCAGCUGACACCUGAUGAUCAUGCGGCCAAGCCUGGCAUGCUCAACACUCUUGGAGCCUCCUUCUUGAGACGCUUUCAACAUCUUCGUAACCUGACAGAUGUUGACCAGUCCAUUGUCAUGCUGCAGAGAGCAGUGCAGCUGAUACCUGAUGAUCAUGCAGCCAAGCCUGGCUUGUUCAGCAAUCUUGGAAACUCCUUUUCGGGGCGCUUUGAUCAUGUUGGUAAUCUUGCAGAUAUUAAUGAGGCUAUUGCCAUGCAGCAGAAAGCAGUGCAGCUGACACCUGAUAAUCAUUCAGACAAGCCUGACAUGCUUACCAAUCUUGGAAUCUCCUUUUUGAGCUGCUUUGAACAUCUUGGUAACCUUGCAAACCUUGACCAGGCCAUUGCUGUGCAGAAAAGGGCAGUGCAGCUGGCACCAGAUGAUCAUGCAGACAAGCGUAGCAAGCUCACCAAUCUUGGAAACUCCUUUUUCAGCCGCUUUAAACAUCUUGGUAACCUUGCAGAUCUUGAUCAGGCCAUUGAUGUGCAGCAAAAAGCAGUGCAGCUGACACCAGAUGAUCAUGCAGACAAGCCUAGCAAGCUCAAUAGCCUUGGAUGCUCCUUCCUCAGUCACUUUCAACAUCUUGUUAACCUGGCAGAUGUUGACCAGACAUGCCUAGCAAGCUCAAAAGCUUUGAACACUUCUUGA